AGUGGCAAGUUUGCACUUGGCAUCACAUUUGUUUUGUUUACAAAUUACAAUUUUGAAAUUUGAACAUUUUCGAUUUUAUGGGGUUACCUGUUUAAUUAAUAAUUGUGUGUGGAUCUGUGUACAAAUAUUAUAAAAUUAAUUUAUUCAUUAUUAUAUAUAGAUGUUGUCAAAGCAAUAAAAGUUACAUUCUAUUUUGAUAUAACCUAAAAUAUCCUCAUGGUUGCCUUAGAAAGCAUGGAUAGUCCUUCAAAGAAGAUAGGUAAAAAAAGAAAGCAAAAACAAAUCAAUACAAAUUCAAAAGUACCCAAACUGCAAAUUCCAAAUACUGACAUUGUGUUGAGUGAAAAGAAUUCUGAAAUCACUACACAAAGUGAAGCUAGGGUAGAAAGUUUAUCACCAGAGGAUAUAACUAAGAAGUAUCCCCUUUUAGACAAUGAGUUUAUAAAGAAGUUUCAGAGUGUUCCACUCAGCAAUAAUCAAAAAGGCAGGAUUCGUCAACUUUUACGGGAUGGAUUAAGGGGCACAACCAACCAAUUAUUACCCGAUGUCAUAUACAGCCAAAUACAAAUUGUGGCUGAAUCAAAAACACAGCUUACAGAACCGGAAUUGAGAAAGAUACGCAUCCUGUAUAACAUGCUGAUGACAGCCGUACAGUCUGACAGUAGUGGACAAGAAAAAACUAAAAAGAAGAAAAAGAAAUCGAAAAAAGCUAAACCAGAAAAAGUUACAGAUAAUAAAGAUGGUUUAGAGGCUGAAAUUGAUAAACAAAUACAAGGAUCAGAGGAAGCUGUCAAAAAUGUGUCAAGUGACACAGAGAACAAAGGUAUUUCAAAUGUCAAAGAUAAGAGUCAAAAAGAGCAAAAAGUUCGAGGUCCCAAGAGAUAUGUUGUUUUUAUAGGAAAUUUGCCAAUAGAUAUUACAAAGGAAAAGAUAAUGACACAUUUUUCAGAUUUGAAAAAGAAUGUGGUAGAUGUAAGAAUACCAAAGCAAGAAGACAAGAAAAGUGGUAUAGCUUAUGUGGAGCUGAAAGAUGAAGCUAGUUAUGAGCUGGCGUUGUCCCGACAUCACACAAUGUUGGAGAGCAAGCGUAUUAACGUGCUCUACACGACGCAAAAGAACACGAAGAUUAGCGCGAGUGAAGCUAAGAGGGGGCAAACGGGCAAGAGGCUCACGGGUUGGAGAGUGAGACAACCGCCAAUGGACAUCCACAACAUCAAGUGUCAAGAGAUGCGUUGCCGGCCUUUAAGAGUACAUCAGCGAAGUUACAGGCGUUGCAGAAGUCUGGCAAGUUACUUGGGAGUAUUCCGCUCAACAGAAAGAGGAGUAUGAGAAGAAAGAAGGCCAAGAUGGCGCGCGCGAAACUAGAGAAAGAGAACGAAUAGAAAAUAUAAAAUUAAAAUUAUCGAAGAUA